AUGCCAUAUCACGAAAAAUUAAUGGAUCAUUAUGAGAAUCCACGCAACGUGGGCGCCUUAGAUAAAGGAGAUCCCUUUGUGGGCACAGGACUUGUAGGAGCACCUGCAUGUGGAGAUGUGAUGAAGCUACAAAUUAAGGUUAGCAAAGAGGGGAUUAUUACUGAUGCUAAAUUUAAAACCUUUGGAUGCGGUUCAGCAAUCGCUUCUAGUUCUUUAGUAACUGAAUGGGUGAAGGGUAAAUCUAUUGAUGAAGCAGGCUCUAUAAAAAAUACCGAAAUAGCUAAGGGCUGUUCUGGUAUAGAAUAUUACAUAGAAUACGCUGAUGAGAAGAAUAAAUUUGAUGAAGUAGUAGAAGUUCAAAAUGUCAAAAUACUAAUUGACCCAAAAGCCUUAAUGUAUCUUAUAGGAAGUAUAAUGGAUUAUGUAGAAGAUAAAUUUAAGACUGGAUUUGCUUUUACUAAUCCGAAUGAAAAAGGUAGUUGUGGUUGUGGAAAGUCAUUUAGUGUUUAA